AUGGCUCCCAUCAAGGUCGGCAUCAACGGUUUCGGUCGUAUCGGCCGUAUCGUCUUCCGCAACGCCGUCGAGCACCCCGACAUCGAGGUUGUUGCUGUCAACGAUCCUUUCAUUGAGCCUCACUACGCCGUCUACAUGCUCAAGUACGACUCUUCCCACGGUAUCUUCAAGGGUGAGGUCGGUAACGAUGGCAACGACCUUGUCGUCAACGGCAAGACUGUCAAGUUCUACUCUGAGCGCGACCCCGCCAACAUCAAGUGGUCCGAGACCGGCGCCGACUACGUCGUCGAGUCUACUGGUGUCUUCACCACCAUUGACAAGGCCAAGGCUCAUCUUACUGGUGGUGCCAAGAAGGUCAUCAUCUCUGCGCCCUCUGCCGACGCUCCCAUGUACGUCGUCGGUGUCAACGAGAACAAGUACGACGGCUCUGCCGACAUCAUCUCCAACGCCUCUUGCACCACCAACUGCCUGGCUCCCCUCGCCAAGGUCAUCAACGACAAGUUUGGUAUCGUUGAGGGUCUCAUGACCACCGUCCACUCCUACACUGCUACCCAGAAGACCGUCGAUGGUCCCUCCGCCAAGGACUGGCGAGGUGGCCGUGGCGCUGCCCAGAACAUCAUCCCCUCUAGCACUGGUGCCGCCAAGGCUGUCGGCAAGGUCAUUCCUGAGCUCAACGGCAAGCUCACUGGCAUGUCCAUGCGUGUCCCUACCGCCAACGUUUCCGUUGUCGAUCUUACUGUCCGCCUCGAGAAGGGUGCUUCUUACGACCAGAUCAAGAAGGUCAUCAAGGAGGCCUCUGAGGGUGACCUCAAGGGCGUUCUGGCCUACACUGAGGACGAUGUUGUCUCUUCCGAUCUCAACGGCAACACCAACUCCUCCAUCUUCGAUGCCAAGGCGGGUAUCUCUCUCAACGACAACUUCGUCAAGCUGGUCUCCUGGUACGACAACGAGUGGGGUUACUCCCGCCGUGUCCUCGACCUCCUGGCCCACGUUGCCAAGGUUGAUGCCUCCAAGUAA